AUGACCAUCAACAAUAGAGACGCCGAUAAUGCUGAGCAAGAGCACCUGCUUGUUCACGAGAAUAGACGUAAUGAAGCAGACGAAGCUGGAACCAGUCUGACAUCCCCACCAACCUUCAGCCAUGUCGUCCUCUAUUUUAUAGCCAUCCAUUUUCUACUUGCAUUCUGUGAAAUGAUUUUGGUUGCACCUUUGAUUAAGCUUUUCGAGAAUUUGCUAUGUCUUACGUUCUAUGACUUUCCAAUUGCGGGCGUUGAAGAGAUCUUAUGCAAGGUGCCUGAAAUUCAACGCCCACUCGCGACAAUCAGGGGUUGGAAGUCAUCUUUUGAUAUGAUCGCCGUCCUCCUUGUCGCUAUUCCAUUUGGAAGGCUAGGAGAUCGCCUUGGGAGGAGAAAGAUCAUGGCUCUGGCCGUGUUGGGUGUAGUGCUAUCUCUUGUCGAGAUAUUCUUCGUUUGUAAGAAAUAUUGCAUUCGAGAACGUGAAGUGAUUUAUGGUAGCUAA